AUGACUGUUACGAAUGAGGAGGUAAAAACGGCAGGUAAAAUUGUUAGAAGGGUGUCAAAUAUUGAGGCUUUUGAUAAAACUGGAACUGUUUUUAAGGGAUAUCAAGUAUGGACCGACAUAUCUCCAACAAUAGAGGAGAACCCCAACAUUAUGUUUGUCAAAUGUGUUGUACAACAGGGAUCUAAAAAAGAAAAAUUGACUGUUGUUCAAAUUGAUCCCCCUGGAUCAGGAACUCCAUACGAAAUUGAUUCCAUGCAUGCUUGGAACUGUAACUCACAAGUAGAUCCUAUGUCGUUCGGUGAUAUUGGUUUACUGAAUCACACAAAUAUUCCUUGUGUACUUGAUUUUUUAAAACACAGAUAUUUCAAAAAUCAAAUAUAUACCACGGCUGUUCCUCUUAUUGUUGCAAUAAAUCCAUACAAAGAUUUAGGAAAUACAUCUAAUGAAUGGAUUCGUAAGUAUCGUGAUACUACUGAUUAUACUAGAUUACCACCACAUGUAUUUUCUUGUGCUAGAGAAGCUCUUGCAAAUCUUCAUGGUGUGAACAAGAGUCAGACAAUUAUUGUUUCUGGUGAAUCCGGUGCAGGUAAAACAGAAGCAACGAAACAAAUUAUGAGAUAUUUUGCCUCAUCAAAAAGUGGUAAUAUGGAUUUACGUAUACAAACAGCAAUGAUGGCAGCAAACCCAGUUCUUGAAGCUUUUGGUAAUGCAAAAACGAUAAGAAAUAAUAACUCGUCACGUUUCGGUCGUUUUAUGCAAUUGAUUAUAUCUCAUGAAGGAGGUAUUAGAAACGGUUCAGUAGUUGCAUUUUUGUUAGAAAAAUCACGAAUUAUAACUCAAGAUGAUAAUGAAAGGUCUUACCAUAUCUUUUAUCAGUUUUUGAAGGGUGCUGAUAGUAGAAUGAAAUCUAAAUUUAGCUUAAAAGAUGUUAAAAGUUAUACUUUAUUGAAUCCAAAUUCAACAGAAGUAAAUGGUGUAGAUGAUGUAAAAGAUUUCCAAGAAGUGUUAGAAUCAUUGAGGAACAUGGAAUUAACAGAUGAUCAGAUAGAUGUAAUAUUUUCAAUAGUGGCUGGUAUUUUAACAAUGGGAAAUGUUAGAUUAGUAGAAAAAGCAGAAGCUGGAUUGACUGAUGCUGCAGCUAUUCUUGAUGAGGAUAUGGCAGUAUUUACUAAAGCAUGUGAAUUAAUGUUUUUAGAUGCUGAAUUAGUAAAGAGAGAAAUAUUAAUUAAAGUUACUGUUGCUGGUGGAAAUAAAAUUGAAGGUAGAUGGAAUAAAAAAGAUGCAGAUGUGUUGAAAUGGUCUUUAUGCAAAGCAAUGUAUGAAAAAUUAUUUCUAUGGAUUAUCAAAAAUUUAAAUACAAGAAUUGAACCUGAAGGUGGGUUCAAAGUAUUUAUGGGUAUGUUAGACAUAUUCGGUUUUGAGGUCUUUAAAAAUAAUUCAUUGGAACAAUUAUUUAUUAAUAUAACAAAUGAAAUGCUUCAGAAAAAUUUUGUUGAUAUUGUUUUUGAAAGAGAAUCUAAACUGUAUAUAGACGAAGGAAUAUCAACGGAUGAGUUAAAAUAUACAAGUAAUAAACCAGUAAUUGAUUUACUAUGUGAAAGAGGGAAAUCUAUUCUAUCUUAUUUAGAGGAUCAGUGUCUAGCACCUGGAGGAUCAGACGAGAAAUUUGUAAGUGUAUGUGUUGCAAAUUUAAAGAAUAAUGAAAAAUUUACCCUAGCUAAAGUUGCAUCUAACAAAAAUUUCAUAAUACAGCAUACAAUAGGACCCAUACAAUAUUGUGCGGAUAACUUUUUACUUAAAAAUAAAGACUUACUAAGAGGAGAAUUAGUAGAAGUAAUUCAAGGAUCUAAUAAUGAAAUAGUACAAAAAUUAUUUGAAGGCCAAGUUAUAGAAAAGGGUAAAAUGGCUAAAGGAUCAUUAAUAGGUUCUCAAUUCUUAAAUCAAUUAACAUCAUUAAUGACAUUAAUUAAUAGUACUGAACCACAUUUUGUUCGUUGUAUUAAACCAAAUGAAAAUAAGAAACCUUUGGAAUGGUGUGAACCCAAAAUUUUGAUUCAACUUCAUGCUUUAUCUAUUUUAGAAGCUUUAGUAUUACGUCAAUUAGGAUAUUCAUAUAGAAGAACGUUUGAAGAAUUUUUGUAUCAAUACAAAUUUGUUGAUAUAUCUGCUGCUGAAAAUUCUUCUUUUGAUGUUAAGGCAAAAUGUGCAAAAAUAUUAGAGAUAUCAGGGCUUUCAACCAAUAUGCUUAAAAUAGGAAAAACCAUGGUAUUUUUAAAACAAGAAGGAGCAAAAAUGUUGGCCAAAAUUCAAAGAGAAAAACUUGUGGAAUGGGAAAAUUGCGUAAAUGUGAUUGAAGCAGCAAUUCUUAAACAUAAGUAUAGAGAGAAGGUUAAUGAGAACAUACCUUCUCUCCAACGAGUUCAAGCUCAUAUAAGAAAGAGAUUAGUUGUAUGA